UUUUGUCUGCUUCUUUCCAAGUGUGCUGCCGUUUCUCCUUUGCUCUUCGGUGAAUGCCUGCCGGGAAUCUCUGCUGACGGCUUUUCUCUUCGUUGUUUGAAGAUUUCGUCUCCUGAGACUCGAAGCUUACGACCUUCAUCUUUCGCUUUCUUUAUUUUCUUAUGAAGCUGUUUGAUGGUGCACUCUAAUGGCGGCUUAUCUGCUUCACUGCACGGUUGCUUCCCGUAGAGUUCUUCUCCUUCAUAAACCCAAGGGAAGGCGGGAGUAGAGAAAGAAAUCCGCCAGGGUAGACUGAAAAUGAUGCCAUUUUCUCCUAGAUCUAAGUUUCACUCAUCUUUCAUCUUUCGUUUAACUCGCUACCUCUCUCUUUUUCUUUAAUGAGCUCUGAGCGUGCUUCUAGGGUUUUUGCUUUGUCGCUUUUCCGGCGACCGAGGAAGGUGUAAACAUAGUUCUCUCUCUCUCUCUCUCUUUCUCUACCUCUCGCUCGUUCAGUCACUCUCUGUACUACUCUGUCCUGGUCACUUAACUGAGACUGAGGGGAAGGUGGGACAGCCAAGUGAAUGGUUGGGACGGGGGCCGUGAGGUUAAGCCUCACCAACGUCAACAUGCAGACUACUUGCGAGGCCUUGCUUAUUGAGCUGGAGCAAAUAUGGACAGAGAUAGGCGAGGGCGAAGUAGAAAAAGAUAAAAUGUUGCUGGAACUAGAGAUGGAGUGCUUACAAGUUUACCGGAAGAAAGUUGAUGAGGCAUGUGACACAAGGGCCUUUCUCCGUCAAUCGUUGAUGACUAAAGAAGCCGAGAUGGCAGCUCUCGUAGGAUCCCUUGGGGAGCAUAACCUUCAAUUGCAGACAGACCAGAGGCUAGAAUCACUAAAAGGGAAACUUGCUUUUAUCACACCGAUGCUGGAGAAUCUAAGGUCGAAGAAGGAUGAAAGAGUAAAAAAAAUUGCUGAAAUAAGAUCAGAGAUUGAAAAGAUUUUUGGAGAGAUUAAUGGACAAAAUUUUCAAACUAAUGUUGGUAAAGUCGACGAUGAUGAUUUGUCAAUAAGGAAGCUAAAUGAUUAUCAAGCUCAGCUUCGCUCUCUUCAAAAGGAAAAGUCCGAACGUCUUCACAAGGUUCUUGAAUAUGUAAAUGAAGUGCAUGCAUUAUGUUGUGUGCUUGGCAAUGAUUUUGGCAAGACAUUGAAUGGGAUUCAUCCAAGCUUGCAUGAGCCUGGUUUAGGGCAAUCUACAAAUAUUAGUGAUAGCACAUUGGAAGGGCUGUCUCAAAUGAUCCAGAAAUUAAAAUUAGAGAAGAGGAAACGAACUCAAACGUUGCGGCAAGUCUUUGAAUCCUUAAUUGAACUAUGGAACCUGAUGGAUACACCGGAAGAAGAGCGCAAGCAUUUUGAAAAGAAUUCAUGUAUUCUGAGGUCACAAGAGGAGGAUGUAACAAACUCUGGUAUUCUAUCAAUCGAAUCUGUCAAGGAGAUUGAGGCUGAAGUUGACCGGUUAACAGAGUUCAAAGCCAGCAAAAUGAAAGAACUUGUUUUGAAGAAAAGAUUAGAACUGGAGGAAGUGUGUCGCCAAGCACAUAUUGAACCUGAUAUGAGUACCGCAUCAGAAAAAUUGUGUGCAUUGAUUGAUUCUGGUCUUGUGGAUCCUUCUGAACUCUUGACUAGUAUCGAAGGUCAAAUUACAAAAGCAAUGGAGGAAUCCGAUAUCAGGAAGGAUAUCUUGGACAGAGUAAACAAAUGGGAAGCUGCUUGUGCGGAAGAAAGGUGGCUUGAGGAGUAUAACCAAGAUGAGAACAGGUACAGCGCGGGAAGAGGCGCCCACUUGAACCUGAAACAUGCAGAGAAAGCUCGGUUGACAUCACUCAAAAUUCCAGGCAUUGUUGACAAUUUGAUAAGCAAAACAUUUUCCUGGGAAUGUGAAAGGAACAUGCUUUUCUUUUAUGAUGGGGUUCGUUUGGUCUCUCUUUUGGAAGAGUAUAAGCUUUCUAGACAACAAAAGGAAGAGGAGAAAAAGCGUUUUCAUGAUCAAAAGAAGCUGCAAUAUUUACUUCUCACUGAGAAAGAAGCACUUUAUGGAUCAAAAUCCAGCCCAAAGAAGAGCAACAGUUUCAAGAGGCCAACAAAUGGAUGUCAUACGAAUGGUUUCAUGACACCUGCACCUCGAAGGGUUUCUGUAGGCAGUGCAACACCUGAACUUCUCACUCCUCGCUCAUAUUCCAGUCGUCAAAAUGGUUACUUCAAGGAAAUGCGACGAUUAUCUACAGCCCCUCUCAACUUUGUUGCUAUACAAAAAGAGGAUACAAUAUCUUCUUUCACAUCAUCCUCCAUCAGUUGCUUGGAACCUGGGUCUCCCCCGCGGGGUUAAAUAGAGGAGAAGAAUUUAACAGAUGAAAGAACCAAACAAGGUAUGAUUAUGGCUCUAACUGUGCUGAAUCGUUUAACAUUUAGGAAAAUGUUUUAUUGUGAAGAUUAACUGCAUGAGUGGAUUUAGGAAUUUGUGAUGAUUGACCUCUUUAAGUUAAAUGUAACUGUAUCCCAAGAGAGUGUUAACUUUAGCAGAAACCCUGUAUCUUACCUUUAUGAAGUUUUAAUGUAUAUAUAUAUAAUCCUUGUGCCACUCAUAUGUAAUCUCCUAAGCUAUUUAAGCUCAUUGUUUCAUAUUUCUUUGUCA